AUGUCGCGCCAGGCAACCAGGAUCACCAUGUCGGAGCUCAAGCUCAGGCGUCUGCAAGAGAACAACUACCGUCUCCGCGAGGAGCUCGUUCGUCCCCGCGUCAUGGUCUCGCUCGCAAGCUUGAACCUGAUCAACUACUGCCGGGACACUAGGGACCCCUUGCUGCCAGCCGUCUGGGGACCUCUGCAGAAGGGCGAGGACCCGUACGCGCCUGCCGACGACGCCGGCUGCUGCUCGAUCAUGUAA